AUGCAAGGAAAACACUCGGCAGGACGCGGGCUAUUCCCAGUGCUUGUCCUCCACCGCCUUCACAGCCGAGAUACUCUAUCCCUGCAAACUCCUCCACUCCUCCGACCCACCGGAUCCGGGGUGGGCAACAGACCACAGAGAGGUCAACUAGAAACUCUUCGGGGGGAGGUGCGAACGCUGCGCCCGGGGUGCUGGAGGCCCGGGAGCUGCUCGCGCUGCUCUCCCUGUGCCAGGUCUCCCGGUGCCCCCCAAGUUCAAGUGCCGGAGCUCCCCCGGCCCGAUGCCGCUGCCGGGCGGCGGGAGCGCGGCGCCGGCCGAGGGGCCCCGCGGCCCACCCAGGCUGGCGGCGGGCGGCAGCUCCUCCCCGCACACCGCGUCCGCCGCGCCGGGGCCGAGCAGGACCCACCCGGGGCUCCCCGAGCCCUGGGGAGCCGCCGUGCCCUCCUCCUUCGCCACGGGCCGCUGGCUCCGCCCGGGGGGGAGACAAUGGGCACGAUGACUUCACCCUUCAGCAAUUUAAUAAUUCACACUGUCGUCUCAGAAUUCUGUGGAACUGGAGCUGAUCCUGUGCUUAUGACUAGUGGUUCUUCCAUUAAGCUGGCUAGCCAGAACCAGGCCUUCCAGAAGUGUGAAACUCUUGCUUCCUUGCAUGAAGCUGACUUGACACGAGUUAAUCACAAUUUCCUGUGGUCAGGAGCACCCAAUUCCAAUGCUCUCUCCAACAGUUUCCAAGACUUCAAGCCUCUUUUGCAUCACACAGAGAGGACAGUGACUGCAGUGCUGUGAGUUUACCCAGGAAUGGUACAUAAUUAAAUCUUUGACAGAGCGUUCUAAACACUGUUUUUGGUUCAUGGGUCAGCAUACCAGGACAUGCCUAGAUUGACCAUGAUGCAAUGUGACCAGAAGAGAACUGCUGGUCUCAAAUAUCCUUUCCUCAUGCAAGAGAAGCAUCCAAAAGCAUCCAAAAUACCUGCAGCAUCCAAAGAAGAGUCACACCACGUGCUCAAGAGUAUUGUCCAAACACUUCUUGAACCCUGUCCGGCUUGGUGCUGUGACCACUUCCCUGGGGACCCUGCUCCAGUGCCCAACCACCUUCUGGGUGAAGAGCCUUUUUAUAAUAUCCAACCUAAACCUCCCUUGACACAACUUCAGGCCAUUCCCUUGGGUCUUGUCACUGGGACCACAGAGAAGAGAUCAGUGUCAGCCUCUCCUCUUCCCCUCACAAGGAAGUUGAAUCUGCAAUGUAGUCUCCCCUCAGUGUCCUUUUCUCACAGAAAAGGUGACCUCAGCUGCUCCUCAUAUGGUUUCCCCUCAAGGUCCUUACAUGGGAGUCUUUAUGUGCAUUUGCAUUGAUGUCAAAGUGAGGAAAAUGCUGUAAUAUGUUUUCUUCUCCCUGCUGCCCAGCAAGGUCCCCAGGGGCUGGUACUCCAUCCAGCUUCACCUCUGCCAUGCUACAAGUGGAGUGCUACAGUUUUUGGAUGAUAUGCCAGCUGUGCCUCUCCUCAAAAAGAAAACAGAAUUUAUUUAAACUAUAUAUAUGUUUGAGGCCAUACUUGUUAAUUUCUGGAACCAGAACUAGCCUUUUUAUUUUCAUUCUAGAAUUUGCUUACUGUCCCAAAGUAAUCAAGUCAGGAAUCGGAGGAUUUGGCUUCUCUAAGGACUGCAUCUGCCUCAAGUUCUAUAGAAGGUGCUUUGUGUGUGUUGGUGUUGCUUCCUUUUUCCCCUUUUUUUCCCCCUUGGCUUGUCUUCACAGGGUUUUUUCCCUUGAUUCCUUUCUAUUUUUGCAUUAGAUCAACUAAACACAUGACACCUUAUACUACACUCUCUGUGCCCCCUGCUCUCAAUUCUGGCCAAGAUAUACGGGCAGAGAUUUCCUCUCACCCAAGGGUAAUGAGUCACAAAGUCUGGAUGAUUAGAAGGAAGGGUUAGGGUUUCACCUGCCUUUUGGGAGAUAAUUUUAUCCUUCAGAUACCAUUCCUAAUCCUACACUUGCUGCAGAUGCACUCUACUACAAAAUCUGCAGGAGUCCUCCCUGGAGACUACAGUGCUAUUCAUCACUUUAUGGAAGGUGUUUCUGCCCCACAUUUAUCCCUAAAGGGUUAGAAUUGACAUUUGGCACGGAAACUUGUUUAUGUUGUUGUUGUUGUUGUUGUUGUUGUUGUUGUUGUUUCAAGUUUUGAUGAAGUUUAGCCACUGAGAUAGUCCAGGUUUCUGCUUGAAGCAACAAAAAGGCAGCCAUAGUGCUCAGUGGGCAGUCUCUCUGAUGUUGCUGGAGGCUUCAGCUGGCUGUGCAAGCAUGGAGCUUGGUGAAGAACAACAGCUCACCAGCCUUCCAGGCUGUGAAGUGCUCUGUGUUGUUGCAGCAUUAGUGCUGACAUUGAGUUGGUCAAGAUCUGUAAUCCUAGUCUUUCCACUGCUGCUUGAUUUUUUUUUUUUUACUCCCUUCACUUCCAUAGGAUAUACUGAGGUUAUGAGGUUUUGUACAAAAAUUACUCCCUGCAACAGUAACAGGCAACAUAGAUCUCUGCUUAUGUGGAAGCCUCUCUGCAAUGCCCAGGCUAUGUGUUUUAGGCUUUAGGUCAUCCCAGUUCACCACUUACUUACCUGUCAGGUCUGGGCCAUUGAAUAUAGAAGCUGAAGGUAUUGGUGACUGGAAUUCAUUAUUACACCUAGAUACUUAGCUGACUGUCCUGGCUUUUAAGAUAAGCAUAUAUUCUAUUUGCCAUCUGUCAGAGGUGGGGCAGGUAUCUUCUGUUGGGCAGUUUUCUUAUCUCUUCCAAGAACAAUGGCUCCCUCCGGGGAGAUAUCUUCUGUUAAUGGGCCAUUGAAUGGCUCA